CUCUCUCGCUGCGGGGCCACACUGCGACCACAGAGGAGGAAGAGGAGGAAGCCGCGGAGCGACAAGAUCCAGAGCGGCAGAGAGACGCGAUACAAAAUCUACAGAACAAUCUGAUUAAAGAAGAAGAGGAAGAGGAAGAGGAAGAGGAAGAGGAGGAUUUUCACGCGCCGUCACCGCGCGGAUAAAACGAGCUGAGCAGCAGCAGAAGGCGGAGACGCGUCAUCGCGCUCUUCCUCCUCAUCAGUGAACGAGUGAAGAAGAAGAGGAGCGGAGGAAGAACCGUGACGAACCUCGGACCCAAAACGACGAAGGACGCGGUGUAGGAAACCUCCCCCCCCUCCCCUCCCGGACCAGGGCCGAUUCUGCAGCGCGGCGCGGCGACACCAUGAAGGACCGUACGGCGGAACUGCGAAGUGCGAAGGACAGUGAUGAUGACGAGGAGGUGGUGCAGGUGGACAGGGACCACUUCAUGGAUGAGUUCUUUGAACAGGUGGAGGAGAUCAGAGGCUGCAUAGAAAAGCUGUCGGAGGAUGUGGAGCAGGUGAAGAAGCAGCACAGCGCCAUCCUGGCCGCACCCAACCCUGACGAAAAGACCAAGCAGGAGUUGGAGGACCUCACAGCUGACAUCAAGAAAACAGCUAAUAAAGUUCGUUCAAAAUUAAAAGCGAUCGAGCAGAGCAUCGAGCAGGAGGAGGGUCUCAACAGAUCAUCGGCGGACCUCAGGAUCCGCAAGACACAGCACUCAACGCUGUCACGUAAGUUUGUGGAGGUGAUGACUGAGUACAACACCACGCAGUCCAAGUACCGCGACCGCUGCAAGGACCGCAUCCAGAGACAGCUGGAGAUCACUGGGAGAACCACCACCAAUGAGGAGCUGGAGGACAUGUUGGAGAGCGGCAAGCUGGCCAUCUUCACCGAUGAUAUUAAAAUGGACUCUCAGAUGACGAAGCAGGCUCUGAAUGAGAUCGAGACCCGACACACCGAGAUCAUCAAGCUGGAAAACAGCAUCCGGGAGCUGCACGACAUGUUCGUGGAUAUGGCCAUGCUGGUCGAGAGCCAGGGAGAGAUGAUUGACAGAAUUGAGUACAACGUGGAACACUCCGUCGACUACGUGGAGCGAGCCGUGUCUGACACCAAGAAGGCCGUCAAAUACCAGAGCCAGGCUCGCAAGAAGAAGAUCAUGAUCAUCAUCUGCUGCGUCAUCCUGGGCGUGGUCCUGGCGUCAACCAUCGGUGGCACGCUGGGCUUCUAAGACGCUCCGCCACCUGCCGCUGUGAUGACCGACACCGACCGACCGUCUGACUGACAGCCAGCAGAGAAAAGAAACACCAAUGACGAAAACAACACAAAAACUUGAAACACAAAUGCAAGACAGAAAACCUAUUAGCUAGGAAGAGAUAACAGUCUCAUCACAGAUAAGAGGAAACACCACGGGGUUGGGUGGGGUUCAAAAACAAAGACAAAAUAAUACAAUAAAAACACCAUUGCAUUAUAGCUGACAUAAAUACAUAACAUAUAAACAGAGGGUACAAAUAGUCCAACUAUUUAUUACAGAUGUAUGCGUACAUGUGUUGAACAUGAAGCAACACAUGGGUUAGCUACCUGUAAAAGAUUAUGACCUAUAAUAUGACUUUUACUCUGUUUGUUUGUUUGUUUUACUUUGUUCUUAUUUUUUAAGUUUCUUUCAUUUUUCGAGAGUCUCCGAGGACAGCGAUGGCGACUGCUGCUGUUUCUGCGGGACGAGCGUUCCAGAGGAACCUUUCUUUGUUUAUUUUCUGGUAACUGAGCUUAUUCUGAAUAAAUGAGCUCAUGUCUUUCUACUGCAGAACGUUCACCUCCAUCUUUUCAGCUCCAUCAGAACCUUCCAAAGCUCUGGAACUUUGGAACAGAAGGUUCGAGAGCGCAGAUGUGAGUGAAGCAAGGCUCUGGAACUUUGUCCCGCAGGACGAGCACCUUCUGCUGUUGGUUGAACCAACUUUGUCUAGUUGUUUCUAGGAGGGAGGGCCCGACUUCGCCGUUGCCUCAGCCAUCUCUUAAAACCAUCCCUCAUUGGUUGCUCACUCCUGUCAUUCACCUCAGUCAGCCUGUAAAAUCUGCUCUGACCGGCAGAGUCCCAGCUGUCACAGUAGUUAUAAACAGAAAGGAGCGUGACGCCAAUUGAUUGGUGCUACGCGUCAUUGCAAUAUGGCGGGUUUCCAUGACAACAACCUCCCACUUGGAGCCACAACCACAGAGCAUGGGGAGGGAGGCCCUCUAGUGGUAGAACAUGUUGACUGAUGGGUGAAUGGUGGGAAAGAACAGCGGUGGGAGGGUUAAAGGGAAGGUGGGAGGAGACAGACGGUCAAUCUAUGCAGUUUAGAUGAGAGGAAGGCGACCUGUCCCGCCUCUCCCGCCCAGAUAGCCAAUGAAGAUAGUGGGUUCACGUUACGCACCAAGAGGCUCAUCGCGCUGAUCGCUGAGAUAUCGUAGUCAAAGCCGGCUGUCGUCUCCACAUCUGUCACAACUGUUCUUCUGGAAGAUUCUAAAAAAGGAAGAACACAUAAAAAAAUAAAGAAUAAAAUAAAGUAAAAUGUUUAAAAACGUACAAACAAGUCAGACAACAAAGCAGAUGGACAGAAAACGUAGAAAACCCUGAAGUGGCUGGUGUGCCCCGGUCACCUGAGUGUCGUGGUAAAUUGUUGCUUUUUCGUUUUUUAAAGGGGAGCGUUUGUUGCUUCGUUGUUCUGUGGUGCUGCUGUUUUAGUGCGUGACGUGUCCGUGACGUAUCGGCCUCAUCAGUUAGUGGUUGUUGUUUAGUCCGUAUGAUUUGAUGCAUUUGCCUGUUUCCUUCUUGCAUCCCUGUGUGUGUGUGUGUGUGUGUGUGUGUGUGUGUGUGUGUGUGUGUGUGUGUGUGUGUGUGUGUGUGUGUGUGUGUGUGUGAUUUCAACUCACACUAUUUGAAUGCCUGACCUACACAGGUGCUACUAAACAAGAGAGGAUUUGUUCCUCCAUGGAAGGUGGAUCAUGUGACACACACACAUUCAUAAACAUUCACAACACAGGACACGCAUGAAUAUUUAAUGUUUCACACACGGGAAAUUCCCCCUUAACACACACACCUUUAACUUUCCCGUGUCCCACAUCAUGCCAACGCUAGUGUUAGACUGUGUGGCUUAGCAUGCUGUAGCGUUAGCUUGUGUAGAUCAUGUAGAAGCUGCUUGUUGGAGAUUGAUGAAGUUUUCUGGUAUUUUUGAUGUUAAAGAAAUUUUCCUGAUGUUCAGAACAACGAGGGAAAGAAUUGAGAAACAUUUUCUUCUUCCCCCUGAAAAUUGUAGCCUGACAAAACAUAAUCUUAACGUUAGCUUCGAUCGCUCUCUUAGCUGAUUGCUAAUUAGUUUGUAAGCUAGUAGCUAGCUUAUAAGAUUAUAGUUGUCAAGCUUUCUAAAUGAACAGCUUACAGCAGUAAAACAUUUGGACACUGCAAACAUGUAGCAAUAUACAGAAAGCAAAAACACCCACUUUGUGUUAGCAUUAGCAAUUAUCAGAAUGUUUGCACAAGACGACGGGACUUCUCUGCUUCUUUUUACAGAAAUGACGCUGAAAAGAACGUGCUAAUUUAAAUUAGGCUAAUCAUGACUUAGUGACAGAAACAAGUUAGUCAUCACUGUAAUCUGAGUAUUGUGUUAACAUCACCAUAGCUCUAGACUGAGACAACAUACACCUGCAUCAAGUUGUUGAGUUUGUUGAGAACUGCGAAGUUGUAGUUUGAAGGAGGAAGUUCGUCUGUGCACAGGCUCUGUGAUACGAAGGUUCACUGACUUCUGUUGAGGCCUGUGCCGGACGAUCUUUCACCGUCACAACACUUUCACUGUCAUUUUAGCCUUAACCACAAAUACCACUUUAAAUUAACACUACACUCAAAGCAAUAAACUCGUUCAGUUUCAUUUGACCGACAAAGUGUUUGCUAGCUCGCUCACUGUGUCUCGAAUCUGCCCCAAGGUUAGAAGCUAUCAAGUUGGGACGUUAUUUGAUGUUUACAUUUGUUCUCUGGAUGAAUGAAGGAUACUGACAACAACUGUGAUAGAAAACACCUGAUUCUUUGAUUAAAAAGUCAAAUCGCUCUUCAAGGCUUCACUCUGACAAGAUGCUACAGCAUAAUAUGGUGUUUGACAACAAUCGUUAGGCAGCAUCAAAGCCACAGCAUGGUUAGUAAAACUUCAUGCUAGCUGCUUUUUCAAGGCUUCCAGGGCGACAUGCAGACAUGAGGAAAUAGUCACUGUUGAAUAUUUUGACUUUUAUCGGGAGUCCAUGUUGUUCGUGCUGUAACGUCUGUGAUGCUGUGUUUGCUAGAUGAAAAAAAAGGAUCAGGAUUUUUAUGCUUGGAGAAAAGCUAAGGUGGGAAUUUUUAUUUUAUUCUUUUAAUUCUCAAAACGAAAAAUUGAACCCGUGUCCAGUAAAGCAAAGAGCCUCAACCCCUCCAAGCAGCAACGUCCAAUAGAUGUUUGUUCAGAUUCAUAGUAGAUUUAGAUGAAUUAAGCACUUUUCUCUGCUAAUGUGUUGUCAAUGUCUUUAUGAGUGGUUUCCAAGUGGUUUUGUUGGAGUGUAGUAUCAACAUUAGAAACCAGAUAUUGUUCCCCCUGUAAAUCAAAUCCUGAGUGUGUUUGAUUCUACAUUUCCCAGGUGUCUUGUUCUAUUUCAGAGCUCUGCUUCAUUUCGUAAGUGUUAGACAUAUUUAGGGAAUUCACAAAUCCAGAAAACUGCUGUUUUCAAAGUCAAUACAUUUGACUCCACCAAUCACAGUGCUUUGUUGGUCACCUGCCUGUGGCAUCCUUAAGUCAGCCACACAAUAGUCAAUUCAGUUACAUGUUCUCAAUGGUCGAUGGUUGUCGAGGUGACGUCACGGUCGUUGCGGUGUGCCUGGUUAGGUGGUGGUGAUUGCGGUGGAUAAAAUCAGUGAUGUGUGGAUGCCGUCGUAACACCAGCCAGCUUGUUAGCACUGACAUUUCUUUGUUGUAUGUGAACGUGUGUACGUGAAGUUCCUGUUCCAUCAGGCCCUGCCCCCUUCCUGCAGGGACAGAAAACACGGACAAACAUCACAACAGCAUAAAGACUCUAAGGUUAGCGAAACAACUCGGUCAAGGUUCGGAAGUUUGUCCAAGUAUUCGGUUCCCUGUCCUGCUGUCAUCGCUCCUCCCAUUUGUUUUGUAGUUGUUGGAUUGUUCAAAAAAAUGAUGUUCAGGCUCGGUACUCUGCCCCUUACCUUCCCCAGCAGACCCCACAAAUCCCGUUGUGUGUGAUAAUAAUAAUAAUAAUAAUAAUAAUAAUAAUAAUAAUAAUAAUAAUAAUAAAGGCAUGCAAAAGCAGUGUGGAGUUUGCAUGAUGGUGUUUUUGUACCCCUACCCCAAGCAGCCCUCCACCUCAUGCACUUUACCGCUCAUCGGACCCAUCUUUGGUUAGCACUACUUAACUUGUUCCUACUUAGUCUGCUGUUUCAAUUAUUUGAAUUUAAUUUAAAUGUUAAACACACGUUGGCGUUAAGUGUCAACGUGUUGUUUGUAACAUAUUUUUGGAACAUUGUGGAAAAGUUGAUAUUUUUCAAAUAUGCUGCCAUCAACUUCAUCUUUACUGCUUUCCCCCAAAACCUGAUGUUGACCUCCGAACCUCCUGUUCGGUCACACCCCUGUGUUGUGUUUUUGUGGAGGACUUGUUCCCGCCGUCUUUGAUUAUUGUAUUAAGUGUGGAGCUCUCGACCUAUGGGCUAACUUCAUGUCGCCCCCACCUGGCCUUGUGUGUGUGCAGCAUGCCUCCCUUCCUCUUCAGUGAAACAAGAUUGGUGCAUAAAUGUGCGAGUGUGUGUGUGUGUGUGUGUGUGUGUGUGUGUGUGUGUGUGUGUGUGUGUGUGUGUUUGUGUCAGAGCAGCACAGGUUUGUUUUGAUGUGCAAAGCAUCCGAUCGCAGGAUCACGGGUUGCAGCCGUUUGACGUGUUGUUCGUUUUUUUUGAAAAAGGAAAGAAAUAAUAGAUCAGACAUAUUUAUGGACGCCAUGAUCACUGUUAUUGUUAUUAUAUUUAUGUAAAUUCAAACCAAAGGGUUUUUUGCUUUCCCCUCUUGUGUUCUCAAAAUGUUUGCCGCUUAUAUCAAAGAGCACAACGCGAGUCAAGUUUACGAGAUUUACGUCCAAAAUGAAAACGUAUAAAGUAGAAUAAAACAUGAAAUGGUACCAUAACUAUAAAAACAAAAGCCCAGCGCCCCCUGCCCAACACCACCCCUCACUGCAUGUUGGUCUGUCCAAUCAACUCUAACAAACCAUUCUGGCUCCACCCCACCUUUCCUUUCCACUUGUAGAUGUUAGUUUGUCAUCACAUGAGUGGAGGAAUAUGACACAUAAUCAUCUGUGAAAAAAACUAGCAUAUGUACAUUUAUCCAUUUGAGACGUAUAAGGAGACAAUGGUUGUGCGUUCUUAUUCUAUUUAUUAAUUGCUGUUAAUCUCGUUAUUAUGGUGUCAUUCAUUUGUGAACAGCUUGUUUCAGUCUCUGAGUUCACACUACAGGUCAAUGCUUGUCUGCAGGUUUGAAGGAUUUGCUAGCGUGUCAGUCACGGACGGAGAUAACCGGACAAAACCAACCAAACAAAGCUUCCUCACUGUUUGUGUUUGUGUGCAAAUAACAGUAAAUUUCACUAAGAUAGCAGUCGGGUAAAUUCCGAUGAAGCAGUGCUAGCUAACAAUGCUUUGUUGUAAUUGAUUGAAAUGUCACCACUCAAUUUUUUCUGUUGUUUGACUCUUUACCUCGACUGCACUUUUCUCGGAACGCACAUGACUAUAAAAACAAGUGCAAGUUAUGCAAACACUAACGUAGUCGACUCUGCUGCGCCACACGUAGGUUUGAUCAGAAAUCAUUGUCUUUGAUGUCUAUGCACAUCAUCCUGUACAAAGAGAAAGCUUUUUUUUUUCUUAACCAAUCAGUUUGGAGUUAUUUGUCCAGGCAGCUACAUUAGCAGUUAGCCUGAAACGGGUCAAACAUAUAUUUUGAUUUAUUUAGGGGUUGUUUUUGCAGCAGGUUGUCGUACAGCGACGUGCAUCGAUGCUUGUCACUCAAUUUUUAGUGACCAUUAAAAAAAAUUCUGGUCUUCAACCUUAAUCUACAAAGUUCUGAUUGGCUCAGCUGGUUUUUGGUCAAUUGAUCAUAUAAAUUGUAUCCAGAGGACCUGUAUACGAUUACUGUUGUGCACAUGCUAUAGCGAUAAUUUAUCCUUUUACUGCAACUGAGAAGAAAUUGAGGUGUGACAAAACAUCAUCACCUGGGAUCCAGUGUUAGCUCGUUAGCUAGCUAGCUCCAAUAAACCUUCAAUCAGCAUUUUCCUGUUUGUGAGAAAAAACUGCAGCCUUGUCCACUGAAGUCACAUAUAUAGACAACACACACACACACACACGCACACACAUACACACAUAUCUCUUACACCAACAAACUGCAUUUCUAUAACUGUAUGUAUGUGGCUCCGUGGCCAUUAAGCGCUUCUAUUGGCUGUGUACAGUUUUUGUCAGAGCGGGGUAUCGAAAGCAGGAAAAAAUCAUCCGGAGAGAGUUUGGAUGCGACGCCAAGACUCCAAAGAUUGAUUUACCGUUAGCCGUUAGCCGUUAGCCAUUAGCCAUUAGCGUGUGUGUGUGUGUGUGUGUGUGUGUGUGGAAGUAGCGUGGCAUGUUGUCUCCCACACUAAUCGAAAAUGGACUCUUUGUCAGACAUGUGUGGACACAACACGUUCUGUCUUUAUUUCUGCAGAUUAUUUUUUUCAUUUUGAACCAGAGCGUCUGUCUUCCAUGUUUGUACACAACAGACGCUGAGUAUAAGACUGUGCGGAUUCAACGUAGUCGUACUUUUUGUUCCUCCGUUGUCGGACAACUAAACUCUUCUCUGUGAUGAUUUUUGUCUUCCUGAAACAAUUUUCAAAAACCAAAACCUGUUCAGUGCCCUGCUCUGGAUGAUGAUAAAUGAAAUGUUUGUUCGUUGUGGCUUCUUCCUGCUUUUGUCAGCAGUAGCAGCUGCAACUCGAUAUUAACUGUUGUUUCUGACGAUGAUUUAUUUGAUGCUCCGCCCACUCGUCGUAUGAGACAGUAUUUGAUUUGAUCAGUGUUUUUUUCCCUAGUGGGGGGUGGGAGAGGUCAGGGAAGGGACCAUGGAGAUAGACCACACCCACACGGUCUCUGCCACAGCUAGUAGGAAACUUAAAUAACUUUAUCAUGAAUAUUAUUGUUAUUAUUAUUAUUACCAUAAAUGACAAAUAAAAUGCAGUAAAACAUUUGCAAAAACCCAGAGGGAGAACGAACGGCUUCACGCAAAGUGAUCACACAUAAAAAAGGAGGUUAUGACGAUUCUAUAAUAGCAAUGAAUUAAAGAAGUACAAAUUGAGUUAUGUUAUCAUAAAUAAUAGUAGUAAUAUUGAAUGCUCGCAAUUUUGUCAAACUGAAACUGGAUUCUUUGUGUUAUGUAAUUAUUGUAAAUAACUUCAAAGAGAGAAAAAAUGACUUGCAUGUCUAUGUAUAAAUCUCAUGAGAUAUCUAUUCCCGUCAAAGUUGACACGUAGUUCGAUCUCUGUCCUUUUUUGCCACUUUCGCUUCUCCUGUCAAAUAUCGCUCGUCCAAGACUCCGCCCUCCAACCUUCUCUUCUUUCUUUGUGGCAGAGAGACAAAAACAGAGAGAGGGAGAAACGUGGCUUCCAGCGUCCUCGUCCGUCAUGCUCAGUUCAGACCUUGUGUUUACACCAACCUGCUGAAAUCCUCUGAUCCAGCAGCUGUUUACUCACCCACAUCUUUUUAUUCUUUUUUGUCUCAAAUUCAAAUCCACGACAGAAGUGGAAAGAUCUCGAGUUUCAGCAGGUUCCUUUCCUCUGUGGCGUAAACACGGCGUCGACCACACAUCAUCCAUCACCCCAGUUCCAGAGGCUCCGCCCACUGGCUCCUCUGAUGAAAGUGCUUCCCUCCAUAUUAGGAAAAUGAAUCCCGCCUCCAGGGCUUUCCAGGCCACACCCCCUGAUCACUUCAGAAGCCCUGUUAGCGGUUUGAACUCUCUCUCUCCCUCUGUUUAACACUAUGUCUCUCGACCACAGCUAAUUAGCCAACCUAAACCUCGGACUCUUUACCUGCCACUUCUACUCAGAGUUUAGCCAGAUCCCACUCCUCCAAAACUUCCUGCCAGAUCCCGAGAAGGGCCCCAAACAGGCCGCUAACACCACCAAGCCCAACUGCCGACGGUUAGAGCGUCAAAUGUAACUAAGAAAAAAGUGUUAUAGUCCCAUAUAGACAUCACGUCUGUCGGAGUCUCUCCACAGCUAAAUCGUCCUAAUGUCACGAUGAUUGAGUGACGAAAAGCUAAAGGCUUCAUCAUAAUAUUGUCGUUGGUCGCCACGGUAGCAGUCCGAACAAGCUGGAGUCCCGUUUCCCUGAAGUGUCUCAAGGUUGUUAGGACGUUAGCACCAUCGUAUUUCAUCAGCCGUCUGUAAAACAGAGCAGUUUUAAAAUCCUGUUUCUGCAGCUUCUCUGUCACGUUCUGAUGCGGCUGUUUCGUCCUCGCCUGGUUCCUGAAGGAGGUCUUUGCUUACGUUUCUCAAAGCAUUGAAGCACAAGACAUCGCUCAAAGGUCAAACAGAAAAUCAAAUCUCAGGCUACAUCCAUACGACUUCGUUUUCAUUAAAAAAAAAAAUUGUCUGAUGUACGCACGGCAAAACAGAGAAGUUUAUAUACUGCUAAUCCCGCUUUAGUUUGAAAACUCCAGAGCUGCGUUUUAUUCUGGAUGAACAAAAACUGAAAUGUUUGGAAAUGUAGACGCUCACAGCCUCUUGCUGAUUGGUUCUUUUCAGUCAUGACGAAGACUUCUCUGAUUUGUCUCCUGUCACAUGACCUCUUUCCAAAAGAAAACACCUAGCCUCAGCUACCAGAGUAGAAACAACAUGGAGAAUAAAGUCGUACUGAUCCUGUAUUCUUUGCUAACAGAGAUCCGCUUGAUGUCGUGUGGACGUAGCCUCGAUCCUUUGCCACAAACCAGUUGAACGUUGUCAUGUUUUUCUGAGAAGGUUCGGCUGAUGGAAGUAGCUCAGGUUUGUGUGGAGGAGCUUUACAAAGUGAUUUGGUUCGAGUGCAGCUUCGAUGGGUUUGAGGAGAACUUUCCUCCCAGAGUCGCCACCUUGUGUUGGGCCCGGUCUCUCGCCUCACACAGGCCUACCACAACAAUGAGUGCAAUAUACAGAGAAUCAAGGGCUUUCCUAUUCAUGCAGAGGCGUUCAGGCCCGGCCAAUGAGCUGCGACCUCCUGCAGGAACUGACGUCAUCACACAAACCUUCUAAUGAAACCUUGUUGUUUCCGGGAAAAUAAAGAUCUGAGCUUUCUCUGGGGAAAUGGCAGGAAAGAGACGUGAGGUCAGAAAAAAGAUAAAAGCCGAACUAAAGGAGGACAGGGCCAUCGCCAUUUAGACGCAACUUUGACCGGAAAUGCAACUUGUGUCCCGUUUUUUUUGUGUGCGUGUAUGUGUGCGUAGCGUAAUGUAAAAGCGAUCUGUCCCCCCCCUCCAACCCCCCUUUCCUCCGACCCCCUCUCUCGUACUGCUGUUGGCUGUUCUGUUUAGUUCAUGUGAUGUGCCAGUACCCCCCCUUUACCAAUUUGCCUACCCCUCUCUGCGCCCGCCCCAUGGAUCUUUAAGAUGACAACUCUAUGCAGAUGCUGUCUUUUAUAAGUGUGUCAAAUUUUAAUUUAAAAUAAAAACUUAAAAAAACAAACCCUGACAGACAUAUUGAAAUGACAAAAAACGAAUAAAGAAAAGGAUUGUUAAGUGUA